AUGUACGCCUCGCUAGUUAAAUCAACCCCGUGCCGCGGGAAUGGACUGUACGACCAGCGACCAGCUCUGCACAUCACGGGCGCCCAGACUAGGGAUCAGCUGGGGCCAUUUCCUCCAGGAUCUGAAUAUUUUUCUUUUAAAACGAAUAAAAAUGUAUUUACUUCCGAUUCCAAUGCUCAGUCCAAGGUGACUUUGUCUCAAAGGUGUGGUACACAUUUUUAAUACAACUACUUCGGGAGAGGUCCUGUUCUAACGGUAGGAGAAGACUACUUAUGUGCAAAAACAAGUCCUUAAUGUAAUUGAAAUGUUAGAACUAGUUCAAGAAUGUGUAGGGGAGAACUAGUUCCAGAUUGUGCUGCUCAGAACUUGUUCAGGAAUUCGUGCUCAUCAGAAACGUUGGUUUACAGCUGUUGUAUUUGCUGAAUCUUAAGUGUCCUCAUACCAUUAAGAAUUUAUUUUACUCUUUUUAAAGAAAUACAUUUUUCAAACCUUGAUGUAUUAUAUAAAAAUGGAGGUGU